AGAUUAUGCCACGAGGUGGAAAGUGUAGCAACACGAGGAGCCUGAGCAGAAGAUGAUGAUGGACGACUCCAUGGGAAAUAUGGAUACAGCAAAGAUGGAGACAUUUUGGGGAAAGACCCUGUCAUCUAAAAACAAAGUAUUCGAAUUCGAGGAGGAAGAAGAAGAAGAAGGACUGGAAACUACCAUACAACUACGCGGGGCAUGUCUUGGUUAUGCUGACAAUAUGAAUCCUAAAGAGCGGAACAUCAUUGCUGUGACGGUAGAAAACGAAGAUGACGAAGAAGAAAGAUUUGUCAUAGCUUCUUUAAGACUUGACGGAGUGGAGCAAGUUUCAUUAAGUUUAUCGAUACAACCUCCAGCUAAAUUUGAACUUAUAAAAGGAUCUGGUCCGGUACAUCUUACAGGUGCAAUGACUACAGAAAUGUCUAUGUCCGAUUAUGAAGAUGAUAGUGAUGAUAGUGAUGAUGAAGAAGAGCAAGAAGCAUCAAAAGAAAGUCUACCCCCUGUUCUAGUUCCCACUAAGUCUUCAAAGCCAUCUGCUCUUAAACGACCAGCAGACGAUGAGCCUUCAAAAAAGAAACCCAAAGCUCCAAAAGCAGAAGAUGAAGAAGAUCAGAAUGAUGAUUCAUUAAUGGACAGUAAAGACAAUAAAGAUAAUGCUAUUGAUGGUGACAGUGGUGAUAGUGAUCUAGAGGGUGAGGACGGUGAUGAUGAUAUUGAAGGAGGCAGUGAUGAAGAUGAGCUGGAUAGUGAUGAUGAGGGAGACAGUGAUGAUGACCUGAAGGAUAGUGAGGAGGAGGAGGAAGUCAAAGUUCAACCAACUAAAAAGGGAAAGAAACCUCAGCCAGGAAACAAGAAGGCACCACCUGCUCCUGCUGCUGGUAAAAAAGAGAAACCAAAAGGAAACAAGAACAUGAGUCAAACUCCUCAGCCUACCAAGAACAGCAAGCCAGCUGGCAAGACUCCGUUAUCAUCUCAAAAGCCACCUAAGAGUCAGACGCCUAACAAAGGUCCAAUGAACAUUGAUCUCAUUAAGAAGAAACUUGUGUCUGGCACCACACCAACGCCAAAGAAGUUAGAGAAAUUCAAUAAUUUCUUAACUCAUACCUACAAAGUAACAGACCCUGAGAUGAGAAAGCAACUUUGGGAGUAUGUCCAGCAAAAUAAGAAAUGAUUUAAAAUUGUAAUUGACUGAUUCUACAGUUAAUUGUGUAUUAUAGUGAAAGCAACAAUAAUGUUGAUAGUUUUUGAAUUAUUUUGAAUCAAUUACAAAUGAA